GCUAAUCAAGAUUCAAUAAUUAUGGAUAUCGAGGUCGAAAACCAAGAAGCACCUCUUCUUGAAACAACACUUGCUCCUGAAGCUGUUGAGAGAAACCUAAUACAAAACGCAAUCAGCCAAACAUUCCUAAGUACGGCUCAUUUAGCCAAUCUUUUGCCCACUGGCUCAGUUCUUGCUUUUCAACUCCUUUCGCCUAUGUUCACAAACCAGGGUUUGUGUGACCCUAUGAGCCGGGGCUUGACCAUUUCAUUUGUAGCUCUCUUUGGUCUUUUGUGUUUUCUGUUGAAUUUCACUGAUAGCUUCACGGAUAGAGAUGGUAAUGUAUGUUAUGGGUUCGCUACAAUACAUGGGUUGUAUGUCAUUGAUGGGAAUAUAACUUUACCACCCGAAGUUGCAGCUAAGUACAGAUUAAGAUUCGUAGAUUUCAUGCAUGCGUUCAUGUCAAUCAUGGUUUUUACAGCUGUGGUUCUAUUUGAUCAAAAUGUAGUGAAUUGCUUUUAUCCGUCACCAUCCGAUGAAAUCAAAGAGCUUCUUACGGCACUGCCUGUUGGAUUGGGAGUCGUAUUCAGUAUGCUGUUUGUUCUUUUCCCUACACAACGUCAUGGAAUUGGGUUUCCAGUUACCACCAGUUGACUUGUUAUGAUCGACACUAUUUGUUACAACAAUUUAAACAUAUUCAGAAAUUGGUACAUCUCCAUGUUUGAUCUAAUCAGCACCCCUAAAGGUGAAAUCAUGAUUGUUUCUUUAGGCUUAUGUGCAUAUAUAUGGUCUUUUUUUGUUAUUUUCACACCUUCAACCUAGCCUGGUAAAUAUUGUACCCUAUAAUUUUUUCUAAUAAAUGUGAUUAGUAAUUUUUUUUAAUGGUACAUCACAACUCACAAGACA